GGGGGUCGGGGUCUGGGGCGGGGCUAAGUGCGGGGAGGAAGUCACCCUCUUCGUAUCCGCUCACUGAGGCCGUAGUGGCCACCGACUCCGACCUGCGACAGUCAUGUUGCCCAACACGGGGAAGCUAGCAGGAUGUACUGUCUUCAUCACAGGCGCGAGCCGUGGCAUUGGCAAAGCUAUUGCUUUGAAAGCAGCAAAGGAUGGAGCAAAUAUAGUCAUUGCUGCAAAGACCGCCCAGGCACACCCCAAACUUGCAGGCACAAUCUAUAGUGCUGCUGAAGAAAUCAAAGCAGCUGGAGGAAAGGCCUUGCCAUGUGUUGUUGAUGUGAGAGAUGAACAGCAAAUUAGCAGUGCAGUGGAGAAAGCAGUUGAGAAAUUUGGAGGAAUUGAUAUUUUGGUGAAUAAUGCCAGUGCUAUUAGCUUGACCAACACAUUGGAAACACCUACAAAGAAAGUGGAUUUGAUGAUGAACGUCAACACCAGAGGCACCUAUCUUACAUCUAAAGCAUGCAUUCCUUAUUUGAAAAAGAGUAAAAUUGCUCAUAUCCUCAAUCUCAGCCCACCGCUGAACCUAAAUCCACUGUGGUUCAAACAGCACUGUGCUUACACCAUUGCUAAGUAUGGUAUGUCUCUGUGUGUGCUCGGAAUGGCAGAAGAAUUUAAAGGUGAAAUUGCAGUCAAUGCAUUGUGGCCUAAAACAGCCAUACACACUGCUGCUAUGGAUAUGCUGGGAGGAUCUGGUAUCGAAAGCCAAUGUAGAAAAGUUGAUAUCAUUGCAGAUGCUGCAUAUUGCAUUUUCAAAAAGCCAAAAAGUUUUACUGGCAACUUUAUUAUUGAUGAAAAUAUCUUAAAAGAAGAAGGAAUAAAAAAUUUUGAUGUCUAUGCCAUUACACCAGGCCAUCCUUUGUUACCAGAUUUCUUCCUGGAUGAACAGCCAGUUAUAGUUACCAAGAAACCAGAAACACAUGGUGCUCUUCCAGAAUUGAAAGAAGAGGAGGCGCAGCCAUCACCAAAACCACGUUCUGGAGCUGUGGAAGGAACAUUUAGAAUUGUUAAGGACUCUCUCAGUGAUGAUGUUGUUAAAGCCACUCAAGCAAUCUAUCAGUUUGAACUCUCAGGUGAAGAUGGUGGAACAUGGUUUCUUGAUCUUAAAAGCAAGGGUGGCAAUGUCGGAUAUGGAGAGCCCUCUGAUCGGGCAGAUGUGGUGAUGAGUAUGUCUACUGAUGAUUUUGUAAAAAUGUUUUCAGGGAAACUAAAACCAACAAUAGCAUUCAUGUCAGGAAGAUUGAAGAUUAAAGGAAACAUGGCCCUAGCAAUCAAAUUGGAGAAACUAAUGAAUCAGAUGAAUGCCAGGCUGUGAAGAGAAAAAAAAAUGUUGACCGCUAAGCUCAAAAAGUAAAAGGGUUCAAUAGUUAAAAUUGAAUGUUUGUUUUCAUCCCUAUUAUAUUAUAAGGAUAUGCAUGUUUGUUCUAGAAAAAAUAGAAUUUCUGUAUCUGUGAGACUUGAAAUUGUAAUUAAAACAGCUAGCCAACCAAACAUAAGCAUCAUUAAGUAGAAUUCUAAGACAUUCUGUUUUUCUUAUUUUGUGAGUUUUGCCCUCUGAGUCCUGUAUCUCAUACACCAUCAUCUUCUGGGAAAAGUAUUAUUAGUAAUCAAUCAGGGUCAAGCAGCAACAUUACUCUUUUAUAUCUUUUUCCCAUGUAAAAUGAGACUAGUCUGUUUUAAACUUUUCAGUUUAGGAUUGUAUACUAAAGAUAUUUUAGAUUUUUAUAAAUUUGUUUUAAAGAAAAUCUUCUAUAUUACAUUUUCACAGAAAUCACAUAAUAAACUACUUAAUAAAUACUAUUUGUGAAGACAAAUUAAACAAAAAGUAUAUUUUGUUAACUACCUUUCUAAGUGUAAGGUAUUUUACCUAUAGGAAAAUAUUAUUCAUGUAAUUCAACUAACUGCAGUAUAUAUAUCCUAUUUUAAAGUAUGUAAAAAUAUCUAUCCUAAGAUAAUUCCUCCCCAAAAGUGUGCACUUGGUCACAGUGUUUUGAAAUGAGAACAUUAGAAUAGAUGGUUGUUAUGGGCUGAAUGGUAUGCCCCCUUCAUAUGUUGAAGUUCUAACCCCCAGAAUCUCAGAAUUGAUUGUAUUUGGAGAUAAGAUCUUUAAAGAGGUAAGUUAAAACCCAGGCUUUUAGGGUAGGGUGGGCCAUAAUCCAGUCUGACUGAUGUCCUUAUAAGAGGAAAUUUGGACACAAAAGAGAGACCAAGGAGGCACACACUAGGAAUGACCUAGUGAGGUCUAGUGAGGAAUGACCAUGUGAGGACCAGCAAGAAGGCAGUCAUUUGCAAGCCAAGGAAAGAGGCCUCAGAAGAAACCAAACCUACUGACACCUUGAUCUCAGACUAGUCUCCAGAAUUGUAAGAAAUUUCUGUUGCUUUAGCCACUCAGUCUGUGGUAUUUUGUUAUUGCAGUCCUAGUAAACUAAUGCAAUAGUUUGUUUGUAUUUCUGUUACGAACACAAGUUCCUGUGCACUACACACAGUGAGGCCAAACAAACUGAAACAUUGGAGUUUGUAGCAGAGAAAGCUUUAUUACAGGGCCAAGCAAGGAGAAUGGGUGGCUUGUGCUCAGAAAACCCAAACUGCCCAAUGGUUUUCAGGGAGAAGUUUUUAUAGGCAGAAUUUGGGGUGAGUGCUGUGUGACUUUCUUCUGAUUGGUUGGUGGUGAGGUAACAGGGAGGUGUUUCAGAAAUCUUGUGCUCAACCUGAAGUUACCAUCCUCCACCUGGGUGGGGGCCUUAGUUCUUACAGAAGAACUCAAAGAUAUUGUUAUAUAUAUUCCUUGAGGAGGCACCAGGACCCUGCCCCAAGGCUGCACUAUUGUUUCUUGACUGCUCCUCCCCUGUUUCUGCAUUCCCUCCCUUCCCUGAUUAGCAACUGUUUGAAUCUGCCCUUUGUAACUCAGUGAAGGUCAGGGAGGCUGAAUGAAGCCUAUUUCCUACAAACAAGAAAUAGGGGACACAGAAAGGCUUUGUACCUAGGAUGGCCCCACAGGGUCCUUCUCUGUUUCAUUUCUUGUUUUAAAAAAGUUAAACUUUUUUUUUUUUUAAGCUCCUAUCUUUCCUUCUAAUCAGUUAAAAAUACUGUUCAGUGUAAUUCUUUCACUUCUCACCUUCCACUCACUAAUAUUAUUGUGCUGUUAAGCAGCUUAGCUAAUUCUGACAUUUUGUAGAAUCAUAACAUUAGGAGCACUUAAUCUGUAUUUUACAAAUGAGGAAACAGAGGAUCAGAGAUAGGAAAGGACUAGUCCAAGGUCACAAUUAACAAGCCCUUUCCAACAACCUCCCAGUACAUUGGCCUUGGAUAGAACUUGAAGACCGCACUUCCCCCUCGGUGAAGCCCAGAUAGAUUGACCUUGAUGUGACAGCCUCACAACUCCCUUGGCAUCUCCCGUUCAUUUCCAGCCACAUUAGGAUCCCUGUCAGAUGCUGCCAGCAGACUCCUUUUCUACUGAAAUUUUCUAAAGACUUUUCUCCUUUCUCUGCAUUUUCCACAUGGCUUCAAAGCUUUGCGAAAAUAAAAACUAGAAAAUAUUGUGAGGCAGGAAUUCUGGAGUUUGGUUACUGAAACAUGAACUUGCUAAUUAAAAGGCUUUAGGAUAUCAGAAGAAAAUCUUUCCACAGGGCCCUGGUUUUCAUAUCAGUAAUUGAGGGAGUUGGAUGAGGUCAUCUGCAGCCUCUUUUUGCUUAUUAUCACUAAGAAGUAGUGAGCAGUCUGUACUGCUCACUAUAAAUAUUUAAAGGUACCACAGCUACAUUCCUAAAGCUUUCUCUCUUGCCACAUCCCCCAGCUGCCUUAAUGAAUUCAUGUGUUCCCUUCUCUUGGAUCUUGCCCAUUAACUGCACUGAGGUUGUAGAGUCUCCCAGAAGUUUUGAAUGUCCAUUUUGUGUGUGGUUCAGUAUCCAUUUGACCCCUGUUUCUGAAAUGGAAUGGUAUGGAGGGAAACCAUGCCAUUCGGCUUUUUAGUGUUUGAUGAAGUUAUUUAGGCAUUUUAAAGAUGGUUUGUUGCUAGUAAUCCUAUAUUUUAACAAAUCCUCUUAAAUAGUGCCUUUUGUUUGUUUGUUUGUUUUCUUUUUUUGGCUGUGCCACACGGCUUGUGGGAUCUUAGUUCCCCGAGCAGGGAUUGAACCUGGCCCCAGCAGUGAAUGCACCAAGUCCUAACCACUGGACCACCAGGGAAUUCCCUUAAAUAGUGCCUCUUAAAUAAUCCUCUUAAGUAGAAGAAAAGAAGUCUUCUUCCUCUACCUAUCUUAAGUUUUCAGUUGGGGCCCUGUAAAUUAGACUAACAAAAGAUAGAUUAGCAAGAGAAAAACAAAUAGAAGUAUUAACAUAUGCAUUGCACAUAUACAUGGAAGCAUUCAGACAUGAGUAACUCAAAGAUGUGGUUAGAACUUGAGCUGAUACAACAAUGAACAAUAAAUUUUUUUGUGAAGGAACAAGACAAAGAGGACUUUUGAGUUUCUAGGAUAGGAAACUGUAGGAAGGAAAAUAUAUGUAUUGUACAGUAAGAGUGAGUUUUGUAAGAAACUGCCAAAUAGAAAAACUGUCAAAAAAAAAAAAAAAAGAAAGAAACUGCCAAAUAGUCUUCCAAAGUGGCUGUACCAUUUUGCAUUCCCACCAGCAGCAUGUUGCUGUUGCUCCACAUCCUUGUCAGCACUUGGUAUUGCCAGUUUUUUGGAUUUUAGUCAUUCUAACAGGUGUGUGGUAGUAUCUCAUUGUUGCUUUAAUUUGCCAUUCCCUCGUGACAUAUGAUGUUGAACAUCUUUUCAUAUGCUUGCUUUCCUCUAUAUCUUCUUUGGUGAGAUGUCUGUAGAGGUCUUUGGCCCAUUUUUAAAUCAGGUUAUUUGUUUUCUUAUUGUUGCAUUUUAAGAGUUCUUUGUAUAUUUUGGAUAACAAUCCUUUAUCAGAUGUGUACACAGCCAAAAAUAUAAAUAAAUAAAUAAAUAAAUAAAUAAAUAAAGUCAUUGCCAUACCCAAGGUCAUCUAGGUUUUCUCCUAUGAUAUUUUCUAGGGAGUUUUAGUUUUGCAUUUGACAUUUAGAUCUGUAAUCCAUUUUUUAAAAAAUUAAUUAAUUUAUUUAUUUAUUUUUGGCUGUGUUGGGUCUUCGUUUCUGUGUGAGGGCUUUCUCCAGUUGUGGCAAGCGGGGGCCACUCUUCAUCGUGGUGCACGGGCCUCUCACUAUCGCGGCCUCUAUUGUUGUGGAGCACAGGCUCCAGACGCGCAGGCUCAGUAAUUGGGGCUCACAGGUGUAGUUGCUCCGCGGCAUGUGGGAUCCUCCCAGACCAGGGCUCGAACCCACGUCCCCUGCACUGGCAGGCAGACUCUCAACCACUGCGCCACCAGGGAAGCCCCCUGUAAUCCAUUUUGAGUAAUUUUUGUGAAAGGUGUAAAGCCUUUGUUUAUUUUUAUUUAUCUAUUAUUUUGCAUGUGUAUAUCCAGUUGUUCCAGCACCAUUUGUUGAAAAGACUAUCUUUGCUCCUUUGUCAAAGGUCAGUUGACUAUAUUCAUGUGGGUAUAUUUCUAGGCUCUCUGUUCUCCUACAUUGAUCUAUUUAUCCUUUCACCAAUACCACGCUACGUGGUUACUUUAGCUUUAUAGUAAGUCUUGAAGUCAGGUAAUGUCAAUCUUAACUUUGAUCUUCAAUAUUGAGUUGGCUAUUCUGGUUCUUUUGCCUCUCCAUAUAACUUUAGAAUAAGUUUGUUCAUAUUCACAAAAUAACUUGCUGGGAUUUUGAUUGGCUUUGAGUUGAAUCUAUAUAUCAACUUGGGAUAAACUGAUGUUUUGACAGUAUUGAGUCUUCCUAUCCAUGAACAUGACAUAUCUCUUCAUUUAUUGUUAUUCUUUGGUAUCUUUCAUCACAGUUUGGUAGGUUUUCUUAUAUAGAUCUUGCGCAUAGUUUGUUAGAUUUGUAUCUGAAUAUUUAAAUUUUUUGAGUGCUAAUAUAAAUGGUAAUGUGUUUUACAUUUCAAAUUUCACUUCAUUACUGGUAUAUAGGAAUGUGAUUGACUUUUGUAUAUUAACCUUGUAUUCUACAACCCUGCUAUAAUAAUUUACUAGUUCCCAGAGGUUUCUUUGGUAAUUUUUACAGCUUUUCUAUAUAGACAAUUAUGUCAUCUGUGAACAGAGAGUUUUAUUUCUUCCUUCCCAACCUGUAUACGUUUUAUUUCCUUUUAUGUUACUGCAUUAGCUAGCACUUCCAGCAUGAUGUUGAAAAGCAGUAGUGAGAGGGGACAUCCUUGCCUUAUUCAUGAUCUUAAUGGGAAAGCUUCUAGUUUCUCACCGUUAAGUGUGAUGUUAGUUGUAGGUUUUUUGUAGAUAUUCUUUAUCAAAUUGAGGAAGUUCCCCUCUAUUCCUAGCUUACUGAAAUAUUUUAUUAUGAGUGGGUGUUGGACUUUGUCAAAUGCUUUUUCUGCAUCUAUUUGUAUGAUCGUGUGAUUUUUCUCUUUCAGCCUGUUGAUGUGGUAGAUUACAUUAAUGGAUUUUUGAAUGUUGAACCAUCCUUGCAAACCUAGGAUAAAUCCCACUUGGUUGUUUUUAUGGCCUAUAUGUUCUUAUGCCCACAAAUUUCAUAUAUUGAAAUCCUAACCCCCAAGAUGAUGGUAUUAGAAGGUGGAGCCUUUGGGAGGUGAUUAGGUCAUGAGGGUGGGGCCCUCAUUAUUGGGAUUAAUGCCCUUAUAAAAGAGACCUCAGAGAGAGUUAGCUGGUCCCUUUCACCAAGUGAGGACAUGGCAAAAAGGUGCCACCAGUGAAUCAGAACUCAGGCCCUCACCAUACACCAGAUCUGCCUGUGCCUUGGUCUUGGACUUCCCAGCCUCCAGAACUGUGCAAAAUAACUUUCUGUUGUUUUUAAACCACCUAGUCUCUGGUAUUUUGUUAUAGCAGGCUGAACAGGCUAAGACAACUGUGGUAUGUAAGUCUUUUUAUAUGUUGUUGGAUUCAAUUUGCUAAUAUUUUGUUGAGGAUUUUUGCAUCUAAGUUCAUGAGAGAUGUUGGUUUGUAGUUUUCUUUUCUUAUAAUGUCUUUGUCUGGUUUUAGUACUAGGGUAAUGCUGGUUUCACAGGGUGAAUUAGGAAUAUUUUCUGUUUCUGUCUUCUGAAGGGGACUGUAGAGAACUGGUAUAAUUUUCUUCCUUAAAUGUUUGUUAGAAUUCAUCAGUGAACCCAUCUUGACCUGGUGCUUUCUGUUUUGGGAAGUUAUUAAUUACCAUUUGCUUUAUUCCAUCUGUUCUGUAUAUCUUUGUUCUUCUUUUCUGGUCUUCUUCCAUUUCUUUCUGUCUUCCUUGAAAGAAUCUCACAAAAUAUUUCCAUUUCCCAUUCCCAUCCUUUGUACUACUUUGUCAUACAUUUUAUUUCCACAUAUGUUUUAAACUCUACAGUAUAUUUAAUAUUUUUGUUAACAGUGAAUUAUCUUUUUAAAGAUUAAAAAAUGAGAAAAAAAGUCUUUAAAUUUACCUAUAUGUUUACUUUUUGCACUGUCAACCUAUCCAUCACCAACUAUCCAAACACAUGAACAUAUCCAAAAGUUUCCUCCUGCCCCUUCAUAGCCAUUUAUGCCCAUCCUCAAUCCCAUUUCCAGCAAGUACUGAUCUGCUUUCUAUAACUACAGAUUAGUUUGCAUUUUCCUGGAAUUUACAUUAAUGGAGCUGUACAGUAUAUAUUUUCUGUUUGGCUUCUUUGAAUCUGCAUAAUUACUUUGAAAUUUGUUCUUGUCAUUACAUAUAUCAAUAGUUCAUUCCUUUUUAUUACUGCUGAGUAGUUUGCCAUUAUAUGAAUACACCACAGUUUGUUUAUCCAUUCACCUGUUGAUAGACAUUGGGGUAGUUUCCAGCUUUUGGCUAUUACAAAUAAAGCUGCUGUGAACAUUCAUGUACCAAGUCCCUGUAUUCUCUUGGGUAUGAAAUUACUGGAUCAUAUGGUGUGCAUAUAUUUAACUUUUUAAGAAAUUGCCAAACUUUUUUCCAAAGUGGUUAUACUAUUUUACAUUUCACUAACAAUGUAUAGGAUUUCAUUUCUUCACAUUUUCAUCAACACCUGAUAUGUACAGCCUUUUAAAUUUUAGCCAUUCUAAUAAGUAUGUAGUAGUAUCUCAUUGUAUUUUAACUUCCAUAUCCCUGAUGAGGAUGAGCAUCUUUACAUGUGCUUAUUUGACAUGUGUAUAUAUUCUUGAUGAAGUGUCUGCUCAAAUCUUUGCCCACAUUUAUUCCAUUGUUUGUUUUAUUAUUGAAUUUUGGGAGCUCUUUAUAUAUUCAGGAUACAAGUAAUUUUUCAGAUAUUUGCAAAUAUUUUCUCCCUUUCAAUAGACUGUCUUUUUAUUCUCUUACCAGUGAUACAGGAAUAAGAAAAUUUUUUUAAAUAGAUGAGGUUCAGGCUUCCCUGGUGGUGCAAUGGCUAGGAAUCCACCAGCCAUUGCAGGGGACACAGGUUCGAGCCCUGGUCUGAGAAGAUCCCACAUGCUGCGGAGCAACUAAGCCCAUGUGCCACAACUACUGAGCCUGAGCUCUAGAGCCUGUGAGCCACAACUACUGAGCCCAUGUGCCACAGCUACUGAAGCCUGCACACUUAGAGCCCAUGCUCUGCAACAAGAAGCCACCGCAGUGAGAAGCCCGUGCACUGCAACGAAGAGUAGCCCCCACUCGCCGCAACUAGAGAAAGCCCACACAGCAACAAAGACAAAACACAGCCAAAAAUAAAAUAAAUAAAUAAAUUAAAAAAAAAUAAUGAGGUUCAACUUAUCAAUCUUUUUCUUUACUGGAUCAUGCUUUCGGUAUAAUGAAGAAAUCUUUGCUUAACUGAAAACUUCUGGAAGUUUUACAGUUUUAAGUUUUGCAUUUAGGUGUAUUUAGCAUUUCAAGUUAAUUUUUGUACAUGUGCAAUGUGUGGAUCAAAUUUCAUAUUUCUGACUAGGGAUAUCCAAUUGUUCCAGCAUCAUUUGUUGAAAAUCAGCAGAUUAAAAUAAAAAUAGAACUUUAGAAAUGAAAAAUAUAAUACAUUAAAAAACUUUUCCAUAAUACAAGUUGAGCUUUCCAUUACUGUAAGGUUAAUGACAAAUAUUUAGUCACAAAAAGCACAAAAGCAAUGUUAGUGCAACUUAAAAGUAUACACAAUUGACCAUAUAUUUAUCUGAGAAAGUACCAAGUGAUUACAAGGCAGUCAUAUCCUAGCCAGUCUCUACUACUGAAAGUCUAAGAACUUUAAUUCUAUAUAAUUCUUUCCAGCACCAUGAGACAGCCAAAGAUUUCUUAGAUUUUUUUUUUUUUUCUGUUAACAACUGCUUUCUGCUUGAUUUCCUGGCUUCUUGCCCCUUGCAUGAACAGGCUAGGAAUCAGCAAAUGCUUUGAGGGAAAAUAUGUAGAAUGACUGACUCCUUUACUGUGAUUGCCUUUAUUCUGGCAUCUUAGCAUCUCAAGCCCUAGCUACCCUGAUAGACUUGACCUCCAAAAUUUGUACCUCCAGCCCAAUCAGACUAUUGAAAGCUCUAGGAUGCCUCUCUCAGAUUUCUAUACUCCUAGACACAAAUCAACAAUGCCCUGAGGAGGAAACAUGGCUUAGGAUGGAGAAUUCACUUCAUCGUGUUUCCCUUCUUGCUGGGCUCUUGGGAAUCUCACGCCUUGGCUGCCUGGCUUGCUGUAUAAUAGGUUUAAACAGCCUUUUAUUUUAUUUUUUUUAAAUGCAGCUUUUUAUAGCUUUUAGUGGGAGAGUUAGUUUGUUCAACAAGGUACCUCAUCAUAGCUGGAAGCCUGCAUCAUUUAAAAAACUCAUCAAGAUAGAAAUAUGCUUUAAACAAAUGGGACUGCAUUUAAAAAGUUAAUGUGGUAAAAAAAUAAUACAAAAUUUAUCCUUUUAACCAUUUUCAAGUGUACAGGUCAGUGGUUUAUCCUCACAUUAUUGUGUAUCAGAUCUCUAGAACUUUUUCAUCUUGCAAAACUAAAACUCUAUACUCAUGGAACAACAGCUCUCCAUAAUCCCCUCCUCAUUCCCUGGCAACCACCAUAAUACCCUCUGUUUCCAUGAUUUUGGCAACUCUAGGUACCUUAUAUAAGUGAUUUUGACAACUCUAGGUACCUUAUAUACAGUAUUUGUUGUUUUGCGGCUGGUUUAUUUCACUUGGUGUAAUGUCCUCAAGGUUCAUCUAUGUUGUAGCAUGUGACAGGAUUGCUUUUUUAAGGCUGAAUAAUACUCUACUGUACGUAUAUGCCACAUUUUGUUUAUCCAUUCAUCCAUCCUUGGACAUUUUGGUUGCUUCCAUCUCUGGGCUAUUGUGAAUAAUGGUGCAGUGAACAUGGGUUGCAAAUGUCUCUUUAAGUUCUUGCUUCAAAUUCUUUUGGAUAUAUACCUAGAGGUGGGAUUUCUGGAUCACAUAGUAAUUCCAUUUUUAGUUUUUUGAGGACCCUCCAUAGUGCUUUCCAUAGUGGCUGCACCAUUUUACAUUUCUACCAGCAAUGCACGGGAUUUCAAUUUUCCCACAGGAUUAUGUACUUGAAACAUGCGGCGAUUAACUGUUUUUUCUUUUUUCUAAUAAAUUUAUUUUAUUUA